UAGUAGAAUUUACAUCAAUCUGCAGUUAAUAACAGAGUAAAAACAAUGGGACAUUUGGAAAGUAAUUUAUGAAUGAUGUGAAGAAGCGAGAGUUCGCUGAUAGGUGUUGGUUGUUAUUCACCAGCUCUGACUGUAAUCCUGAUGCCAUUGGCCAGAUCAAGGCCGUCCUCCAUAUCUCUCUCUCUCUCUGUUGCUCCCGCGACAAAAACAACGACUGGACAUGACAGCUGCACGGUGACAACACCAAAGAGGACCUGUGCUGACCCGUAAACGUAUUAGUUUUUCAAAUUAGACCCAAUAAUGGGUUUUAUUUCACAUUUGUUCCGUAUCAACGGCAGCAGCCUCUUGAACACACGAGGUCUGCUUACACUUGCUCUGCGCUGAGCGGCUUCAGGCUAAGCUAGCUCGCGAUCUCCAAACCAUUUCUAAAGCACGGGUUUUAUUUUUUAGCAUUGACUUAUUGUAGAUUUUGUUGGUAUUUUGCCGUCACAUUUUUUUAAGUAUGGCUCAUACGGGUGGAGCGGAAGACGCGACUGAAGGGAGCGGUUGCUCGAUGAAGCUGCGCUCAAGCGUCGGCCUCAGGAGCGGCUCGUGCUCCAGCGAGAGGCACGAGCAGCUCCGCGCCGUGAAAUCAAGGCUUCUUGAGCGCUUGGGACCGCACGAGCGCCUGCUCACCUAUCUGCAGUCUGUAUUAUUGUGGGAGAGACCCUUUCACAGCGUCCUGUUGUACACGGCCGCCAAUGUCAUGUUCUGGUUUUUUGCUUUGAGCUCUUUGAGGUUGCUCUUUCUGCUGGCAUCAGGUCUGGCCCUGGCUGUUUGUGUCGACACAUGGAGGAAUAAGAUCUGGCCUAAAAUCAGAGUUAAAAGACAAGAUGAGAGUGAGAAUGAAAGCUGGGGUCUGGUGCAACCUGGGACUUUGAGUGUGCCUGAAUUAUGCCACCACCUUGCUGAGAUUUGGGUUACGGGGUCAUCCUGUGCAACAGAUAUUGUACAGUUCAAACGGCAAAAUCCAGGGAAGUUUUGUUUGCUGGUUUGUGGCCUGUUCACCUUAGUGGCCAUGGUGGGGCGCUGCAUCCCUGGACUGUUGCUCUCAUACGUGGCUUUGCUGGGAGUGUUGCUGUGCCCAUUGGCAUUGUAUUAUCGGCUGUGGCAGCGUGCAUGUGUGAAGCUGGAGCCAGCCCUGCAGUGGCUGGACUUCAGCACCAAAGGAUACAUGAUGUCAAAGCCUAUAGACAACCAGUUUCUUCGUAAGCCCAUGAGGAGUGGAACCUCAGAUGAUGCUAGUGACAGUGAAGAGGAACUGGCUGCGUUCUGCCCAACGUUUGAUGAAGCAUUGGUUGCUAAAGAACUGGCACUGACUGACUCUGAGCACUCUGAUGCAGAGGUGUCGUACAUGGAUAACGGCACCUUUAACUUCUCUAGGGGUCAAACGCCCCUCACAGAGGGCUCGGAGGAUUUAGACAGGCACAGUGAUCCAGAGGAAUCAUUUGCAUGUGGGCUCCCAGACUUUCCCUCCAUCAACCCGGAUGCCACCCUGAUGGAGGACGAUGAUGAUGCCAGCAUCGGGCUGCCCAGCCUCAACUCAGCCGCGUACUCCGGCCCUCGCGGCUCUACCUCCGCCCUGCUGGAUCUGGACACCCAGAUGGACUCUGAUCAGGAAGACCUUGACCCCGAGAUCUCCCUCGGAUCCUUAAAUACUACCUCUGACCUCGCUAGUAACCUGGCAGGGGUCAUCGCCAGCAACAUGAUCCAGGCGGCCAUCGCAGGAGCCAUGCAGCCCCGGCCACCGCAAGGUCCUCGGAGAGAAAGCGGCCCACGGGCAGGAGCAGCUCCGAGGGGAUACAGGAAGCAGUCGAGCUCGGAGCUGGACACAGACCUGGAUUUUGAUGCAGAGGACUUUGAGAUGUUGGAUCAGUCCGAGCUGAACCAGUUGGAUCCUGUUGGAGGGGGGCAGGGGGGUCAGAACAGAAACCAAGGGUCGAGUUUCCUGUCCAACUUGCUGGGGAAGCCACAGUGAGCCCAUCUUACAGAUACUCCCUCCAUCUGUCUGCUCCUCAUGUCCUUGCACCUUGAUCCAAGUAGAAGUUGUUUGCAGUGUUGAUUUGAAUGUCUACUGAGAUGCUUUCAAUUUAUCUGAGUGAGUGAGACAGAGAGAGAGUGUGUUUGUUUUGCACUGUUAAUGUAAUAUUAGAUUCUCUUGCCAGGUCUCCUCCACUGGCUGCAGUUGAUAUCACUGUGAAGUAAUCUUCUCCUUUUAUGCUCCGUGAGCUUCCUCCUUGUCCUCUCUCAUUUAUGAGACUUGUGUGUGAAAGACUCCGAUUUACUUUGUAGGCUAAGCAAUAGGACAACAAUCAGAAACAUUUAAAAUGAUCCGAAAUCUCUUUAACUUCUUAUAAACCAGCAAACUACAUUAAAGUCUUAUAGAUCUUUCGCAUCUUUCUUUUUCAUACAGACUGUUUUGUUUUUGUCUUUAAUAACACAUGGGACCAAAUCAGACAUUCCACCAUCAAUGCUGAGUCAAGACCAUUAAUGUAUACAAAUAAUAAGUUGCCUGUAUUGUGAAAUCUGCAGUCAAGACGUCGUUUAGCAGAGGAGUCUGAAGAGGUAGCAGUGACAUAUUAGGGCUGUGGCCUUAUCUCAUUUUAUUAAAGGGGUAGUUCACCCAAAAUUACUCAUCCUCAUGGCGUUCCAAUCCUGUAUAACUUAAGUUUUUGUGGAACAUAGAAGACAUUUCCCACAGGAACAAAAAUGUCAUACAGGUUUGGAACGACAAUUAUUUAGCUAGUCAUCGCCUGGUAAUUUUAACCUUAGCACGCUUUUAAAAUUGAGUAGUCACAAUAUUUUUAUGACAUUUGGCUCACCACAAUGACAUUUACAUGUAAGUUCAUGUGGGCUGGAUUUUCUUUCUGUAUUACUUGAAAACCAAGGAAUAAGGUUAAUAAAUGACAGCAACUCUUUCCUCUUGUAAAAAUAGGGCAAAUUUACAGUAAAUUGUCUUUCAAAUGGCUGUUUUUCAUCUGUUCGUCAGUCAAAAUGAAAAAUAAAAUGAAACAUAACACCAACUUGCUUAACAGCUCGUCAAUGCUGUUCAUCUGGUUCUGAGGGCAAUACAUUGAUUUCGUUUGUAAUGACUCUACCUCAAACAAGACAUUUGGCUGUAACUGCCACCUGUUCGUACACAGCCUCCUCUCUUCAAAAACACCUUUAACCGUUCUGACUUUAUACAGGAACUUUUUUAUACAGGUAGCAGCAGGAAAACUGUAGAUCUCCUCUGCACCCUCUCCUCUCGUCUGGUCUGAGAUCUAAAACAAAGCCUAACAUUCAAUACAUUACUAAAGCACAAAAGGGUUUGAGAAACCACCUUUCUCCCUUUCUUGUGCUAUGAUGGAGCUGGUGGUUAAAUGAGUUGAAUUUGCUGUUUUAUUUGCUGUUUCUUUAGUAGAUGCUGACCCUUUUGGGUUUUUAUUUUUCUGUUUUUGACCCAAUGCUGAUAAGACCUGUCUUUGAGCUUUGAUCAUUGUGUAUGCUGGAAAGUAGGAAACGUACCAGGAAACUGCUGUACCAAUAAAAAGGCCCUGUUACCAGAGAUCAGUGAAGUGUUUUCUCUUUUCCAAGCAUACAAUUUGUUUUCUCAUUUUAAUUUAAAGUAUUGGAGCGUUGAGGAAAUAAAAUGAUGCAGCUUAUCUUUUUCAUCGAUGUUUUCACAGUCUGCCACUUCCUGCUAUUCCAGUUUAUUACAUUUCAAACACAAGUCUUACUUUAUCCAGCCAACUUGAGUUAGGUUAGAAGAGUUAGUAAUGACUAUUCUUUUGCAACUUUGCUGUGAUUUUACUCAACCCCUUUUCUUUUUUUUCUGUCUUGUUUUUGCUUGGUUGUGAGCCCUAAGAAUUUUUUGGAUUGCUGUGUUUAAAAAGGUUUGAUUUUUUUUUUUUUUUUGAGGUAAUUUAUGUGUUAUAUGUGACAUUUGUGGGAUACUUAUUUUUUGAAAAUAGUUGAAGUAUAAUGCAUAUUUUCCCCCUUUUUUCUUUGAUGUUUAUUUAUCAUUAUAAUUAAUGCUUUACUGUUUAUAUGGACACACUUUUCUGUUGUGGAUGAUGACAAUUCAUAAAACCUUUUUUUUUUUUUCUGAAAAUGUAUUGAUUUGAUAAAUAGUCCAUAUUUAUUUUGAAAAAAAAACAUGGAAAGAAUCUUUUUUUUGUGUGUGUAAGUGUGUCAGUGUUAUUACCAUUUGGUGGGGAAAAUAUCGGGCCAUUUUACCCUGUCUGUUCACCUCUUUAUGGUCAGUUUAAACUAAAGUCACCAGCAAUUCAACUGGGACAAUGAAGUGGGGGUUUAUACAUAGAAACAAAUUUAUGCCCAACGUCAUCUAUUGAUGUUGUAUUGAUGUUAGUGACUUAAAUAUAAAUCAGUUAGCAGUCUGCCAUGUUGAGGCAAAUGCAAAAUGCGGAAUCACUCAUCUUUUCUUUCUUUGUGUGAGCAUUUUUACAGGAGUCUUUCUGUAGCUGGAUUCUGUAAUGUCAGUGACUUUUAUUUCUGUACAGUAGUAUUUCCCUCUUCCAUUCCCUGUAAUUGAUUUUGAUAACUUUUGAUGUGCAAGACAAUAAACAGAUGAAUGAAUAUAUUA